GAGACACUCAACUGCUUAGACUUUCUUAGCCUACUGCAGAGGAAUCUCCAGUCACAGCAUCAUGAACCAAAGUGCUGUUCUUAUUUUCUGCCUUAUCUUUCUGACUCUGAAUGCAACUCAAGGAAUACCUCUCUCUAGAACUACACGCUGCACCUGUAUUAAGAUUAGUGAUGGAUCUGUAAAUCCAAAGUCCUUAGAAAAACUUGAAGUGAUUCCUGCAAGUCAAUCUUGUCCACGUGUUGAGAUCAUUGCCACAAUGAAAAAGAAUGGAGAGAAAAGAUGUCUGAAUCCAGAGUCUAAGAAAAUCAAGAUUUUACUGAAAGCAAUUAGCAAAGAAAGGUCUAAAACAUCUCCUUGAACACAGAAGCAUAAUCACUGUAGUACUGAUGAAGAUGAACCAGAAAGAGACUACCUCUGCCAUCAUUUCCCUGCAUACAAUGUAUGCAAGCCCUAACUGUCCCUGGAUUGUAGUUCUCCUAAAAGGUGACUAACCACUGUCACCAAGUUAGCUGCUACUACUCCUUGAGGGAGGUGGACGGUUCAUCACUCUGUCCUGGCACCAUAAGCUAUGCUGAGGUACUACAUUUUUAGUGAAUGUACCAGGUCCUAGCCCUACUACUGACACUUUCCUCACCUUUCCUAUCUUCUAAACAUUAUAAGGGAUACUUCCACCUCUGGACUUAUCAGAGUUCUCAGAACUUCACAAAACAGCUGUAAUACAAUCUGCUUUCUUAAGAAAGACCUUUACUCCACGGGCUCCUACUGCUAUACUCCGAAGGGGCCCAUAUUCUUCCAGCGGUUAUAUAUAUGCAACUCCAAACACACAGAAGAACCUAGAAAUACCUGGAAAUGUAUGUGAAAAUACUAUUGUUUAAUAAAAAGCUACACAAAGUAGAAUUCUUAGAUAUACAUGUUUCCCAAUUGUUUUCAGUGUUUAUGGAGUAACUUGUGUAACUAAAUACCACACAUGAUCGUGCAAUGAAAAAUUUUGAAAUCUAGAUUUAUACUCUGUAUGUUAUGUAAGACAGAUAAGCUGGCUGUGUUUCAAAAUAAAAAUGCUGUGCUCUCUCUUGGAGAUGUAAAGAAAGAUCAUAUAAUUGUUAACAAAUCAAAAAAGUAAUAAAAUAAUAACUA